GAGCUGCGGCAGAAAUAUCAUUGGACACCGUGCCAUCGUCAACGUCCCCGGACAACGUGGUGGCAACAUAACAAUGUGUGCGGCUAUUAGUCAAAAUGGCGUCCUAAACCAUCAUGCAAUCCUAGGCCCAUACAACACUGCACACAUUAUCACAUUUCUGGACACCCUCCACAACAGACUAAUCCCUGAUGACCAGAGGCCAGAGCAUCCCAGGUACAUUAUCAUCUGGGACAAUGUUAGUUUCCACCGGGCUGCUGUAGUCCGCAAUUGGUUCACAGGUCACCCACUUUUCAUCUCACUCAAUCUCCCCCCAUACUCUCCGUUCUUGAGUCCUAUUGAAGAAUUCUUCUCAGCAUGGUGUUGGAAGGUGUACGAUCGCCAGCCCCACCAACGCAUACCCCUUCUACAGGCAAUGGAGGAGGCUUGUGGAGACAUCGAUCAGGGGUCAUGCCAUGCCUGGAUACGGGACUCCAGGCGAUACUUUCCACGCUGCCUAGCUCAAGACAACAUCGCAUGUGAUGUGGAUGAAGUCUUAUGGCCAGACCCACAAAGGCGGCGAGAUUUAGCCUAAUUUUCUUCCGUUCUUUUUUUCCUUCUUGCACCAAUGUUUUUGUUUUCUUCUACUGCGCUUUUGUUGUUUGAGGAGUGUUAGAACACUGAGGGGUAAAAAAAAAAACUUUCCCCCUUAUUUGUAUUGAUAGUGUGUUAUGUUCGGAAUACACAUGCAUAGUUUCCACAUUUGGAUACCUGUGUUUACUAUAUGUAUGACAAAACUUUAUUGCAAACUGCUAUGCCCUGCACACAGAAAAAGUAAAAGCCACAAGUGUUUUUCAUUUGUACUAUCAGUGCAUAGUUGGUGCUUCAUGUACUUAUUCAAAUGAUGCGCUGUGUGUACUGAAUUGAUGCAAAAAACUUUUUUUUUAAAGAGUGAAGGGUUUUGCAACAAUUGUAUAAUGUUUUUGGUGGCUAGUGUGUAGAGUUUUGCAAAAUAUAGCCUAUAGUUUCAAAGAUUGUGCCCAAGCAAUCAGAAAACAACUGUAAUGGCAAGAGUUGUGGAACAGGGAGGGAAAGGGAAGACACCUGUAUAAGAUCCAGGAAAAGGUGGGGGAGGACCUCGGGUCAACAGAGAAGGGAGGAAGACAUAAUCACAAGAAUGAAACUGGGACACACAAGGCUCAACAGCACUUUGAAAUUAGGGAAACAAUCCGACUGGGAAGUGUGAUCAAUGCCAGGAGAUGGAGACAGUGGAACACAUCCUAUUUCAGUGACAGCGAUAUGGGAGGGAACGGGACUGUUUUAUUAGUAGGAAUAAUGGCAUUGAACAGCCUAGUUUAAUUUAAUUGUUAAGAAAACCUUACGGUGAUAUUGUAGUCAAUGAUGUAUUCCGACAGCGAGAAUUGUUAAAUUGCGUAGGAUUAAACUUCAGACCAUAUCCAUCUCUGGUCCACAGUCCAGUAGGUGGCGGUAAUGCAUCACUAAAUUUGGUUGUCGAACGCGAUUUACAAACCACUGAAGAAGUGUACACAGAACUCACCAAUAAUUUUCACUUUAGCAUUUUUUUUUGUUAUUUAGACGUUUAUUAACACCCUGGAACUCGAAAUAUGACUAAUUUAACUACACAGCAUCACAUACUUACCCCAAGUAGUUUUUAAUUCGCGUUGGGGACAGGACUUGGUGGAUAGAUCUGUUAAUAGGUAACUAACGCUAGCUAGCUGCUAACAAUGGCUAACUGUAUGGUUUUUCACACUCAAAUAGCCUCCAUUAUGGAGGUUCUAGCGAAUGCAGCCGUGUCAGAGAUCUGUAAACUCAUAGACGACGACUAUGCAGUGUGUCGUUUGGAAAUAACUCAAAGCCAGAAAGAAAACAGGACAUUACGGAGAAAACUACUAGAACUGAAGGUGGCACGGGAGCGCGCAGAGAGGACAACGCGAGAGCGCGUCCUCGGCAGUCGUCCCAGUAGCGUCAAGAUCCUCGAUCGAUAUAGAGGAAUGGCAAGAGGUGAAGGACAUCUCACUGGAGACCACAGGAGCUUUGUGAAGCCAGCGGGACACAAUAUAUGGAGAGAUGACCAACCAAUCACUGUUGAUGAGGAGAGUGGAACCUCAACCCAGCACGUUAUUAUGAUAGAGGCUGCAGAUGCAGAGGCUGUACGUCCUGGGGUCAAGCAGGAGAGGUCUGAAGGAGAAGAGGACCCACGGCAACGCAGAGACAUCCAGACUGGAGCGGCUGGAGAGCCCCCUGUAGCCACGGAGGACCUCGCCACCACCACCCAGCCCAGGACCAGAUGCAGCAUCACGGAGGAGGAGGAGGGUCCAGGGGUGCUGCUGGUGAAGGAGGAGGGGUGUGAGGAGGGUCUGGGGAACACUGAGGGGACCAUGGUCAUGGAGGACAACCAGACUACACCUCCUCCUGAACCCACAGAGGAACCAGCUGAGCAGCACAGGACCACACACAGUCUCACUGAGUCAGUAGACAUGGAGGAUGGGAAGAUUGAUCUGCUGGUAGUCAAAGAGGAGACAAUAGAAGAUGGACCAGAGAGCAUUGAUCAGCUGAGUGGACUAAAGAUGGGGGAGCAAGGUGGUUGGCUGGAGGCUGACAGAGGAGACUGGGCGGCCGUCUUGGUAUCCCAGACGGCUGCAUCCAAGGGCCCGGGGGUCGGCAUCACCAAGCAGGCCAAGACCAGAGACGACAUAGUGGAGGUCAGUGGAUGGGACAGCGUCCUCAACUCUGGGCUGGUGAACAACACUGUUAACCACAACCAGAAACAGACAGUCGAACACAAAACAACAACCAAACAUAGUCUCCAUGACAACAGACUGGCUGAGAGCAGGGCGAGGCGUAGAUUUGGUCUGCGGGGACGAGGAGGUGUCCCUAUGUGGCAGGAGAGAACAGACACAAACUCGGCUAGCGAUGCUCCGUCCUGCUCUUAUAGUUGUGAUUCAGAGAGACUGAUGGGGCCUCAGGUUAACCCCCUAACAGGUGCUGCCUUCAGCCUGCCUUCUAUAGGAUCUAUCAACUGGAACAUGGACCCUGCGACAACACAGACACUCCCUGACCUUCAUCCUCCUCACACUCUCCUAAUGUUAAACCAGACCUCAGACAAUGCCAGUGCCUCAACACUAAAUGGCUUCACAAGCUCAUUGACAAAUGACAUUAUUGGAGAUGGAAUCUGUGGGAAAGCCUUCAGUUUCCCCAAACAGGGGGAGAUCCACCAGAGGAUUCACAAGGGGGAGAAACCAUUCGGCUGCCAACUGUGCCGGGCCAGUUUCUCACAUUCAUUCAACUUAAAGAGGCACCAAAGGGUCCACACAGGGGAGAAACCCUUCAGCUGCCCCCAGUGUGAGAAAAGGUUCUCACACCAGCACCAGCUGAAGAUGCACCUGAAGGUCCACACGGGAGAGAGGCCAUUCGCCUGUACACACUGCGGGAAGAGGUUCUCAGAGAGGAGCUACCUCAGGAUACACCAGCAGAAAAUGCACACAGCCCGAGUAUAAUGACAUGUAAUGUAGUACUAGAUAGUUUGUAGUUAAUUGUGUUGGCUUUGGAUGUAGUAGGGAACUGGAUGAGCUGAGGAAAUAAGGAGUAUGAUGAGGCAGAGUAGAUGAUAUGGUGAUGGUUGGUGUGAUGUCUGUAAAAAUGCUUCACUAAUGAAAAGUGACAACCUUGUCCUGUUGUUUAAUGCUGGAGUUUUAUAAUGAGACGAUAGUGCCUUAAUUCAGGUUUACUUGACAUGAAGUAGUGAAGCAAUGUGUGCAUUUGUACAUAUUUAGUUCUUUUUUAGGUGUUUUUAAUAUGUAUUUUUUUAAUCAGGUCUUUUGUUUUUAAUAACAUCAAGUUUUUUUAUUGCAAAUGUCUUCCAUUUUUAAGCCAAGGAUUUGCAGAUUGACUGACAGUUUAACACUUUUUGGCUUUGCUAGCUUUGUUUCCAAAAUGCAUCCGGACACAGUACCAUCUUUUUUAUUUCACCUGGUUGCCAAUUCCAGAUCUUUUAAGAACAUCAUUUGAGGAGUCUCCUGAAGCGUGAGAGGAAUGGGAGCUAGAGGAAUCCACUAGUGCUGAGGGCUCGUAACGAAGGACGACCGGCUACUAUUCUGAGCUGAGUGCGGUGAGCUCUCUGGCGAACAGAGCUGCUGGAGCAUCACCUAAGUGGCUGCUGCACAGAGGAGAAGUCCAGUGGCUAUAAGAGACUCAGGCCGGUUCCCAGACUUACCCUCUACAAGAUCGUCAGCAAGACUUCGUCACCAUCCUCUGUCUAGCUCCCUUCGCUCAAGCCAUGAACUGACCCUCUCCGUCUUCGGAGGAUGCUGCUUUCAACGACUUGGCCCACUAUUGGUUGACCCGUCAUGAUAUAUUGCUUGUUUUUUGUCUUCUUUUAGCUCUUGAAGCGUGUUGAGAUUCUAUGAAAAGCGCUAUAGAAAUGUAAUGUUGAACCUUUUCCAAAUGAUUCUAAAAUUAAUUUCAGCAAAGCGAAUGUACCAGAUUUACAGAAAAGUAAAUAGUGGGAAGUUAUGCUACUUGUCACAUGUAUUGUUUUGUGCAAUAAAAGUACUGUAAUUCACAUUAUGUGAGUGCAUGACCAUUUCGUUGAAAUUAAAUACAAAAUUGA